CGCCCGCUCGACCAUCCGCCCAAUUGGCGCCAUGAAGCUUCACUGACGUGGCUGAACUGCAUCCGAGACUUGCGAAAACGACCCCCGACGCCACUCGCAACCCCGACCAACAACACCAACGACAUCCGUGUCGCGGCGCGCUCGGCCUGCCCGCCAUGUUCGAGAACCUCUGCACGCUGCCGCUGCAGGCGGACGUGUUCGCGACGGCGCUGCACCCGACGGAGCCGCUCUUGACCGUCGGCCUCGCCAGCGGCCACGUGCAGACGUUUCGCCUGCCGCCGAGCGGAUCUGCCGAUGACAACGGCGACGACGGCGACGGCAGGGGAUCCAUCGAUACCGUGUGGAAGACGCGCAGGCACAAGGGCAGCUGCAGGUGCCUUGCCUACGGGCACGACGGCCGGUGUGAGUGACUUUGACUUCACUCGGGUAGAAGAUUUUCGCUGGGCAAUGAACGGCUGACUCUGGGACGGGGCGACGCUCGCCUUGGCCACCGAGAAACAAAAAGCCUUGUACUCGGCCGGCACCGACGCACUCGUCAAGCAGUUCGACCCGAUGACGGGCCAGGUCGCCUCCAAGCUCGCCAUCCCCAGCACGACGACGGUGCCCGACGCGCCGACGCUGCUGCACGUGCUCAACCCGCAGGCGCUGCUGCUGGCGACGGACUCGGGCGCGCUGCACAUCUUCGACAUGCGCGAAGACGCCGCCGCCGGCGGGCCCAAGUCGCGGGGGGAACGGCCGGCGCAGACGCACUACCCGCACGCCGACUACGUGUCGAGCGUCACGCCGCUGCCGCCGUCCGAGGAGAGCACCAGCGGCUUCCCCAAGCAGUGGGUCAGCACGGGCGGCACCACGCUCGCCGUCACCGACGUGCGCCGCGGCGUGCUCGUCCGCAGCGAGGACCAGGAGGACGAGCUGCUGAGCUCGUGCUUCAUGCCUGGCAUGGGCCCCAAGAAGAACCGCAACAACGGCGUCCUCGCCGUGGGCUCCGGCUCGGGCGUCCUGACGCUGUGGGAUAAGGGCGCCUGGGACGACCAGCAGGAGCGCAUCAUCGUCGACGGCGGCGGCCACGCGGGCCUCGGGCUUGGUGGUGCUGGUGGCGGUCGCGGCAAGAAAAAGGGCGGCGCCGCCGCGGCGGGCGGCGAGAGCAUCGACGCCAUGGUCCGCAUCCCGCAGGAGAUGGGGCUCGGCAAGAAGGUGGUGUGCGGCGUCGGCGACGGCAGCCUGCGCGUCGUCGACCUGGUGCGCCGCGAGGUGGACGUCUCGGCCAACCUGCGCCACGACGACUUGGAGGGCGUCGUGUCGCUGGCCUUUGACGCGGCGAACCGCCUCAUCAGCGCCGGCGGCCGCACCGUCAAGGUCUGGGAGGAGCUGUCGGAGCUGCAGGGCGGCGGUGACGAGGACGAGGACGAGGACGAGGACGAUGAUGAUGAGGAUGACGACGACGACAGUAAUGCACGCGGCAACACGGCUAAGCGCGCGGCGGCAAAUAGCGACAGCGACAGCGACGACGACGACGACGACGGCAGCGACAGCGACGCCCAAGACGGCGUGGCAGAGAUGAAGCGUCGGGCCAAGCGCCGCAAGGAGAUGCAGAACAGCAAGCUGGGGCCCAUGGGCGCGCACGGCGUCCUGGGGUUCGCGGACAUGGACUGAGUUGCGCUACUAUCCAUGCAUCCAGCCCAUGCAUCUAUUCAUCUAUCCCACUUGGCCGAGAUCUUGUAUACUACGUUUCACGGGGGAAGGACUUUCUUGUUUUACCAUUCACGGCAUAGACAAAAACACAGAAAGAAGGAAAGAAAGGAAGAAAAGAAAAGCAAGCGUCAGUCGGGGCCUCGUUUUUUUCGUUGCCGCUAGUAGGCGUUUUUCUUUCUUUUCUUCCAUACAAUCUCGGGGUAUAUAUAGAUGGUAUCUCUGGAAAAAGUGGUAUCUCAGUGCAUGCGCAUGCGUGCGUGCGUGUGUGUGUUUGCCGGUGCAAAAGUACAUUCCCCCCCGCCCAACCAAAACUCCAUGCUCAAUAGUGUCUG